UGAUACACUUUUGUGUUUCCAUAUUCAACAGUAUUUGGUGCAGUUGUCAUCAACACUGUGCCGGCCAAAGGCCCAUUUCAGAUCGGAGCCAACAUUAAACUAACAUGCAGUGAUACAGCGACAUCACCAGAUUCCUCCUCGUUCACGUGGUAUCACCAUGACCUUCAAAUGGUAGAAAGUGGGGUAAAAACGAAAAACGCGGAAUCGAGAGAGCGAUACUCGAUAGAUACUUCUGUCCGGGGACAGUUCACACUAGAAAUAUCAAACGCACAUGUAGAUGAUGCCGGACCUUGGAAAUGUAAAGUACAAGCCAAUGGGGCUCCUUCACAAGCUAUUGCAGAAUUGCGCAUUGGUGCCCCAUCUAUAGCAUAUAUCACACCAACAGUAGAAACAACCAUCGGGUCAACGGUUCGGCUAGAAUGUAAUGCUACCGGAGAUCCGGAACCGACUAUCUCCUGGAGGAGGCCAAACCCGGGUCAACUUCUCCCUAAUGGUCGUCGAGUAUCAGCAGGCCGGGUAUUAUCAGUACGGAUAGCAUCAAUAUCCGAUGGCGGAAGGUUUAUAUGUGAGGCUAGAAACUCCCUCGCUGUCAUCUCACAGCCGAUGAGCUUAAACGUAAAACAUGCACCAUUCCUCCAGACAGACCGGUCCGACACACAGGUGUACGGUUACCACUCUCAGAUGGUGAACAUGACCUGUGCAUGGAGUGGUUUCCCGCCUCCUUACAUCACGUGGACAAUCAAUGGGAGAUCGGUCACAAGAAGAGCAAGUAGACAGUACCAAGAUGGCGUUAGCACUUUAUCGAUAACUCCCCAAGCCAGGGACUUUGGGACGUAUAGAUGCCAUGCAUCCAAUAAUUUGGGAAGGAGCCAACACGCUAUUGUUCUCUCCAGAGCAGAGCCUCCACCCGUUCCCCGCCACAUCCGGCCUGGUAGGAUCACAGACACCACGAUACAGAUCUUGCUCGACCCGCCACACGUGGCAGCUCGGGGAUUUCCCCUCCUUUAUUUUCACGUGGCUUACCAUCCUGUCAUGAUGGGGAACCUCCGCCAGAGUCGCCCGGCCCAAUUCCUUCUCAAUGAUGUCCAGGAUGAGGAAGGGCCAGCCUUAAUCAGACAGGACUUCCCGACGGAAAGGCAGCUGUAUGAAAACGGAAAUGGGUUCCAGGACCAGCCACCACUUGACCAGAUCCAACAGCCAUAUGUUUCGCCACAAGUCCAAGUUCGUCGAUUUGAUAUUGGAAAUAGCUUUGUUCUGACUCAUCUUCGCCCUCUUACCACCUACCUCAUCCGAAUAUCAGCAGGGAAUGCCGUCGGACAUGGGAACUUCUCAGAGUUACGAAUCGCUACAGCUCCAUCGCAUACAGUAGUUCGGGCAUCGAACCUUUCUAAUCCCCUAGCAGUACCCCUACUAUCAACCGCGUCUGAUCAACAGGUACCCGUUGAACCUACAUCGUUUCGAACGGCUGGGCCUACACGAUCAAUGAUGACGUCACCUCUAGCUCCCGCUUCAUACCCCAUGCCUGCUAGCACCUCGGGAGUAAAUCUCCCUGCAACACGCAAUGUGGAUCCGGAAGUCCGGGCGAGAAACCCGGGACGGUUCGACCCUUCGACACCCAUGCCCACCUUACCAGAGGGAGGGAAGAAAACGAAGAAGGGGAUGUCCCCAUUUCCCAUCAUCGUAGGCGCCAUCCUCGCAAUGUUCCUGGGCGGUUUGCUGAUCUUCUUCGCUUCAUCGAUGCCAUUGUUGAAAUGGCAGAAACGGCGUCAGCGAAAUCCACCAGACGAGAUGGAGGAGGAGCUCUAUCGUUUCAGUGGAUCCAUCUACAGCGAGUCUUCAUCGAUCCAGAUGCGCCCAGUCAGUGUUGUGAAUCAUUACGAUCCUGGAGUCCAUUCGGGAUCUAUGAGCUCCAUGGGCAAGGAGUUUGAAUUCCCCCGGGAACGACUGGUGAUCGGAGCGGUAGUCGGGACUGGUUCUUUCGGGAAGGUAGUCAGAGGGGACGCGGAAGGGAUCAUAAAGCCUGCUUGCAAGACAGUCGUCGCCAUCAAAAUGCUAAAAGAGGAUGCAACCGGAUUGGAUCAUCAAGAUUUACUGAAGGAAUUAUCGGUCAUGAAACUCCUCAAACCUCAUCCCAACAUCGUCACACUCUUUGGAUGCUGUACUAAAGAUGGGUAUGAAUCACCUUUAAUAAUCAUGGAAUACCUGCCAAACGGCAACCUACUUUCGCACCUGCGCAGUAGCAGACAACGAGUCGAAGAUUUCGAGAUGCACAGAACGAGCAUGCGCACAACUCUCUCCCCUACAGAUCUUAUUAGAUAUGCAUACGAGAUUGCCAAUGGCAUGGCAUAUCUCGCCUCGAUGAUGUGUAUCCACAGAGAUCUGGCUGCACGAAAUAUUUUAUUGUCUCGUGAUGGCGUAUGUAAACUUUCAGAUUUCGGGUUAGCACGUGACGUCAUGAAUGGCGGGGUCUACCAAAGAAAAACACAGGGUCGAGUUCCUAUUCGUUGGAUGGCAUUGGAAUCGCUUCUUGAUAAUGUGUAUACGAUUCAGAGUGACGUCUGGUCGUUCGGUGUUCUUAUGUGGGAAAUAGUUACAAUAGGAUCCUACCCAUAUCCUGGAGUCCCGAGUAAGAAGUUGAUCAAAGACCUUCAGAAGGGCUACAGGAUGCCUCGACCAGAACAUUGCAGUGAAGACAUAUACUCUAUUAUGCUAGAGUGCUGGAGAGAGGAAAAUAAAUUGAGGCCUACAUUCGAUCAAUUAAGAAAUCGAUUAGAAACAAUAUUGAUUGAGUCCGGGAACUAUCUUGUCCUCGAUGACUUUGAUGAACGUCUGUAUGAAUACACGUACGAUGGGAACUCUACACCGGACGAAUGAACAAUAAUUCUUUUUAUCUUCAUUGACAAUUGGUAUCGCCAUGUUUAUUCAGUUUCCUUCCGUGAUAUGGACACCAUGCCCUUUCCAAAGUGCACUUAAAGUCGACUGCAACGAUUCGUGUUUUAAGCGAUAAUUUGGAAUCGGGUGAUAACUGAACUGUUCUUGGAUAUUGUGACAUUAUAUCUUCCAACAUUUUUUUUUCACAAAAGAAAAUUACAUGGACGAGUAUUUACAAACUCUAUUAUAACAAAUAGGAUUUUUUUUGGAAAAUUUAUUGAGUGGAUCUUCAGAUGUCGUCGACACCACGUCAUCGUAGUCAUCCAAUUACAUUGCAGCAAUCUUCGCCACCUUUUUCACAAUGGAAUGAGGAAGUAAACGAGGUUUCAACCUGACAUUCCGCGAAGAUGCAUUACGUCACAAAUGAAUAAUUAUAAACUAUAUUGUUGUUAUGAUGAUGCCAUAUGUUUAAUGUGCAAAUGUGGAAUAUACAAAGAGAUUUUUUUAAUUGUUGAUUUCUAUUUUUAGUUGUACAGUUAAUGAAUGUAUUUAAUGAAGUGUAAAUAUGUAUGAAGUAAUCACAUGUGUAAAUAGUGAUUUUUCAUUACUUGUCUUUCAUACUGCAGGUUUUCUGGGAACCUGAGAAUCUACAAUGUUAAAAUCAUGUUUUUUAUGAAUGUAAUCAACAAGAUAUGUUGCAAAAUGGUCCAUGGACAUGAUGGACAAUCAUUACAUUAUUUUCGGCUGAAUACAACUCAUAUUUUAUUCUUCAAAGGUAUUGUUCAUAUAUUUUGCCCUGUAAUAAUGAUAAUAAUAAUAAUAAUAGCGGCAUAUUUUCUCAGUGUAGCCAGUUCAGUUACGAAAACUGUUCUCCUAGCGGGCCCUGCUUUUAUAUUAUUAUAUUAUACAUAUCAUUUGACAAUUAGACAAAAUUAAUUUAUUUCAUAGUGACAGAAUACUUCUAUUGGUUAAAAAGAAUAAAUUUUAAGAUUUUUUGCAGAAGAGGAACGUACAAGUCCUAUUCUAUUAAUAACUAAAUUUUUAGGCAGCAAUCUAUUAUAUUCUCUGAGCUAUAAAAGGAUUUUCACGGCGAUGUCAUACAAAUUUCAAAUAAAAUGCGCAAAUCCCAUUGGGAACGUUUACUGUAACAGAGCGAUACGACGUGUUGACUGACCGUCACUUCAAUUGGCACUGCAUUGACUUUAGACGUGAAAAGCGAUACGUUUUCACUGUUCGCGCGCAUUGAAAUGGGUUUUUGUACAGGGAAAAUCUAAUGCACUCGAACCGAAAUUACAAGCAUGUAGCUCUUUUGCCAUCUUUUCUCAGAUCCUCACUUUUGUGUAAAAAUAAAGAUACCAAUUUCAAGCAAUUUUCUUGGUCUUUCCAACUAUCUAUUUUUCAAGCAAUAAAUAUGUUGUGAGGCUGGAGAGCUAAGUGUGCAAAUUAUGAUAAACUUUGAAGUUGACUUUCUCUGAAAUGGGUUUGACCGUCGCGACGCGUCGUAUGUGUGAUACGACGGUUCGAAUGAACGCUGACGAAUUCACAUAAAACCAAAUGCUUUGUUAGCAGCUCUUGCUGUAAUAUCACUUUUUAUUGGAAGAAAAAAUAAUAACUGUUGCCAUUAUAGCUUACUUUCCAGCAAGGCUUGAUAUUAUAGCAACUUUUCAUGAAAUGGGAGACCGAAUGAAGGAGACUGUUCAACGAAAUUUUGAGCUUUUGUGAAAAAAAGGUCAAAUUAUCUAAAAAUAUCACACUGUAAAAAAUGAAGUGCUAAUUUAGGACUUUCGGUGCUUACAUAGUUACUGCAAUACGAGUGCUGAUUCUUUAGUUUAAAUUUAAACUAGAAAAUCAGCACUCGUAGUGCAGUCAUUACACAAGCACUGUAAGUGCUAAAUUAGCACUUCAUUUUUUACAGUGUAACUACUUGUAUUAUGGUGCUUAAAGGCCAAAGCAAUGUCUUCCAAACUCUAACCAAAUGUAAGAUGUAUAUAUUCAUUAGAAAUGUGAUGUGCAAUGCUAUUAAAGUAUUCUAGAUUACUCAGCU